GUAGACAUCAUUAAGAAAAGAAUAUUUCCACACUAUGCUUCACAUGAUCGAAGACAAUGAAUAUUCAGGAUCUCCGUCCCCAUCACCGGAAUUCUCCUGAAUUUAUGAGACUGAAUACCCUAUGGGGAUUUUUACCAUCCCAAAACAUAGAUCGAAUGAGCCAGAUUUGUUUGUCUCAAUUAUUGUGUUGGGUUUCCAGUUUUGGGCCCAACCUUCUAAGUUGCCUUUCAUGGGCGUAGUUGCUGUAUUUGUAAGUAAAAGGGAAUUUUUCCCAAAAAUAAAUGUAAAAGAGGACGCGAGUGAUCGGCGCUUAGCACAGAAACUAAAGAGGCUGGACUUGGGACUUGAAGGUCCGAUUAGCCCGAAUUAGGAAUUCCGAUUCACGUCCGGCGAAGUGGUUUCAGUUAUAGAAAAUCAGAUUGCGUCACGGCCACGAUUUUGGUUCAGAAUUGGGAUUCAAAUCAGCGUGAUAUUGGAAUUCGGAUCAAGUUCAGGCUAGGGUUUUCGUUCUUCUGUUCAAUUAGGCAUUUUGAUAAAGUUUUAGUUAGGGUUUUAUAGAAAAUAGGGGAAGGAUGUUGGCGGCGGAUGAGGCAGGCACCAUGGACGAAGAGGUUUUCAAGCUUAAAGAGAAGCUUUCUCAAUGCCAACUCGAAAGGGAGCAGCUCCUGAGAGAGAAAGAGAGCUGGAUGAUCAAGGAGCAACUUGUGAUGCGGGAAAAAGAAGAAGUAGAAGAAAAGCUCAGAAUUGAAAUAGAGGCGAAUUUGUGCGCAAGAUCUGAAUUUGAAAAAAAAGAGAAGCCACUCAAGGAGGCCUUGGAGACCAAAAAGAAGAGUUUACGUCAGCUAAAGAAGGCAUUCAAUGAGUUUCAUGCUAAUGGUGAAAUGCCUUAUAUGGGAGCACGAUCAGCCAAUGCCAAUGACAAGUUAAAGAGAUUGCGUGCUGAAUUAGAAAAGAAAAAUAAGUGCUCACAAGCAGAGAGAGAUAAGCUGGACAAGCUACAUUCAGAGAUAAUUGAGAAACGGGACAAUUUAUUUGCUUUUCUUAAGACUUGUGUGAAAUAUUCAAAGAUCACUGAUGAUGUAAAACACUUGCUCCGAGUCCACUAUGAUGCAUAUAUUGACAAACGCAGGACUGAAAAUGAUGAUUGUGAACUGUUAAGAAAGUAUGUGCAUUUUGUUCUACAACCGGGUUCUGCUCAGAAGCAAAAUGAGAUGUUUGCCGGGGUUGAUUUUAUAUCUCCAAUUUUUGCUGCAAUGUCAAAAAAUUUUAACGUCUUCCUGAGAAAAAAGACAGAGGCCAAUGGUUCUUUUAUCUAUAACGUAAGUUCUGCCAACAAGGAUGCUAAGCAUAAACAUCGUGUAAGAGGAAGAGAGGACGACGAGUCUGAACAUCCUAGCCAAGCCUCAAUAGGAAAGAAGCUUUGGGAGUUGGGACUUGAUCAUAACAUAAAAAGAUGAGGACCUGUUUGGUUUGACUCUAGAGGGAAGACAAGGCAAGGAGGACAUUGAGAACAUUGAACCUUCUCAUAACAUAAGAAUUUCGGAUUUUUAGUUUGUUUACCCUGAUUGUACAUAGAAGUACUGCAUGGUGGAGGAUGAUUAGUGUUGUUGGUUGGCCUAAUGUUUCUUAUGUAUGCGGAAUAAAUUGAAUUAUAUCCAAGGAUAGUCUUCUGGAAUUUGCCUUCGCCCUUCACGCUCUCUCUAUCUGUGUAUCAAUUUUGUAUGUAAAUAGCAUAUGUUCAGGAGAUUUGUUUCUUAGUAAUUGUGGUUAUUCAGGGACUGGAUUGAAGAUGAUGAACUUCUUGCUCGUGUCUGGGGUUUCGAAUUACUGUCCUGCUUUUCAGGUAAUAAUUGUCUGAAAUUUUGAAGUCCCUCUCGUAGACAUAUGUUACUGAUAUUGUAUUCUUAUUGACAAGGUUUAGUUGCAUGUAUAGUAUUCAUUUCAGCCGAUUUUAAAUUUCCUUUGGCAACUAUUUAAAGUGAAGC